CAUGAUUAUUACCAAUACAUGGACCUGUCAUGAUUUGACUUCCAGAAACGAGUGCGGCUGGCAAGCCAUCAAUAUAUUUGGGAAUUAACUUGUUAUCAAUUCUCUCAGCUAUCACAUGGUAAGAGGAGAAGAAGGAUGCUUUUCUUUAUUUUAAUUGUUCUUGCCAGUUGGCUGCAGACAAAUGGAGAAUUGACCUUUGACCUCAAUGGGCAGUGGAAGCUGACCAAUUCAAAUGGCAGUAUUUCCAUUCCUGGUCAGGUUCCAGGAAGCGUUCACACUGCCCUCAUUUCAUCGGGUAUCCUGACUGAUCCAUACUAUCGAUUCAAUGAUGAUCUCUAUAAAUGGGUAGGUAGGGAGAACUGGACCUACACUCACAGCUUUACUGUUCCAAGUGAAUUGGUGAAGAAACGCAAUGUGAAGCUUGUGAGUAAAGGCCUUGAUACAAUAGCAAACGUCACUCUCAAUGGCAUUUCGGUUGGUUCAUCAACAAACAUGUUUGUACGUCAUGUGUGGGAUGUAACAUCUAUAUUGAAGGCUGGAGAGAAUAUCAUCCAAGUUGCGUUUGAGUCACCGGUCACCUACGCCGCUACCAGGUCCAGCUCAUACCCCUACGACGUACCCCCGGAUUGCCCGCCUCCAGUACAACAUGGUUUCUGUCAUCCAAACUUCAUCAGGAAAGAACAAAGUUCCUUCUCUUGGGAUUGGGGGCCGGGCUUUGCCCCCAUCGGCAUCUGGAAAGACAUUUAUUUGGAAGCAUUUGAUGAUCCAAUCCUCAGAGAUGUGACUGCCAUUUCAUAUGAAUCGGAAAAUUCUGUCUCCGAACUGCCAAAUCCAGGAUGGCUGAAUAUCACCAUAUACUUUGAUCUUGGGAACCUUCCCUCCAACGAGAGCGUUAAUGCCACAGUGCUGGUGUGGUUUCCUACCAUGAAUUAUACAAAGACAUUUGACAUUGAGAUUGAUGUUGACCAUGACCAGAUCAGCAAGCAAGUCUUUGUCCCAAAGGCAGAAUUAUGGUACCCUCAUGGGUAUGGCUCCCAGCCUCUCUAUCCUCUCAAUGUCACCUUGAAGAUUUCAAGGUCAGGUGAGACCAGCUCAAGGUCAAUGAAGGUCGGAUUUAGGAAGGUGGAGCUUGUGCAAGAAAAGAUUGCUAAUAGUACAGGAUUGUCCUUUUACUUCAAAAUCAACAACAUUCCCAUCUUCAUCAAGGGUUCUAACUGGAUACCAGCAGAUGCAUUCCAGGAACGAAUCACCCAUGGCAACCUGACCGGCCUCCUCCAGUCGGCCAUUGACGCUAACAUCCAUGCCCUGAGAGUCUGGGGUGGGGGCGUCUACGAGCGAGAUGAGUUUUACGAGCUCUGUGAUGAGCUAGGGAUUAUGGUGUGGCAAGAUUUUAUGUUUGCCUGUGCCAUGUAUCCAGUAGAUGAAGAGUUCUGUUCAUCAGUUGCUGAAGAAGUCCACUAUCAGGUCCGCAGAUUGAGCAGUCACCCAUCUAUCAUCGCAUGGAGUGCAAAUAAUGAAAAUGAGAAAGCAUUGAGACAAGACUGGUAUGAUACCAGCAGGAAUUUCACCAGGUAUGAGAACGACUACAUAGCCCUCUACAUUGGGGUGAUACGAGAGAUAGUCCUCUCGCAAGCAACUGGUCUACCUUUUAUGAGUUCCAGUCCCUCUAAUGGCCUACUGACUGAGAUGCAGGGCUGGGUGGCCAAGGACCCAUCUUCUGUGUAUUAUGGUGAUGUCCACUACUACAACUAUAGUGCAGAUUGUUGGGAUGUAUCGAGCUAUCCUAAACCACGGUUCGCCUCAGAGUAUGGAGUCCAGUCCUGGCCGUCGUUCAGGACACUCAGUCCUGUUUCCAUAGCAACUGACUGGUCCUACUCCAGCUCAUUCAGUGUCCACAGACAGCACCAUAUGUUUGGUCAGGCCCAGAUGUUGGCUCAGAUCCAGAGACAUUUCAACCUCCCAUCAUCAAAAGAUCAUCUCGUUUACUUCAAGGAUUUGCUCUACUUAACACAGGUAUCCCAAGCCUUGUGCAUCAAGUUUGAGACAGAGCACUACAGACGGCUUCAGAGCAUCUUGGUCGAUGGUCAAGGUCACUGUAUGGGGGCGCUCUACUGGCAGCUAAAUGAUAUCUGGCAGGCUCCCUCAUGGUCAUCAAUAGAAUAUGGAGGCCAGUGGAAGAUGCUUCAUUACUAUGCGAAGGAUUUCUUCUCUCCCAUCCUUGCCUCGGGCAUGGUACAAGAUGAAGAGCUGUAUGGCUACUCUGUCACAGAAACAGACAACCUUGUCGAUGCUAGAUUCGUCACAUCCGUCUGGUCUUGGACGGAUCUGAAACCAAAGUAUCAAGUUACCAAUCAGUUUUCUCAGACUGCAUUAUCAUCCAAGAUGGUCCUCAGAACACCUCUCGAUGACCUCCUCCAGAAAGCAGCGUGUGGUUCAAAACCUGUUCGCUCUUGCUUUGUAACCAUGGCGAUAUACCAUAGCAACACCACCCAACUCUCACCAAUCAAUCCUCUCUUUCUGUCAUCCUUCAGUGAUGUAAUGGGACUAAAGAAACCAGUUAUGAGAAUUUCUUCUGUCAGCAAAGCUUCAACAGAUGAGUUCCUCAUUACCAUCAAAACCAGUAGCAUUGCUCCAUUCACUUGGCUGGACAGUGGUGAUCGUAGAGGGCGCUUCUCACAAAAUGGCUUCCUAAUGAUGAUGCCCUCGAUAUCGGUGACUUUUUUUGCAUGGGAGUCAAUGUCUACCGAAGAACUUGCCAACUCACUCACAGUUUCAUCUUUAAUGGAUUUGUAUUGAAGAAUGAUUUUGGAUUGAAACUGGUUUUAAACUUUUGACAGUCUUGUCACACAUUGCAUUGUGGGAGUUUUUAGAGAUAAACAAAGCCUGUUACAAUUCGCAAUUCAUGCCUUGCAGUGCAAUUUUUUACUUUUUCUUUAGUAAAAUCCACUUUGUGCAAUCUGUAUUUCUGUCGUGUGCAGACAACUUGAGAUCAUAAAAGCAAAGAUAUCAUCCUUACACAGAGGGAUUGCCUGGUAGAUUUCGCUUUUUUCACAUCCCUCCCGUCGUCAAUAAUGCUAUGAAUAGCAGAUUCAUAAAGGUCUCGGAAUUUUCCACGAGGAAUGCAAAGUUUAUGGGCAGCAUUAUCCAAACUCUCGCAGAAGUUUCUCGCGUGUAGUCGUUCUCGCCAUUGUGGAUGAAGAAAGUGACUUAUAUGCAUUACCUUCGUCUUUCCCACGUAUUUCUUAUUGGUCCGAUUUAUUUCUUCUCAUACAUAUGUAAUUAUGCAUGAGAAUUUUUCGUACAAAAAACUGGCAAAAUUUCAAAGUCAAUAUAAAAAAACAACAUCCAAAGCAAGACUCGAGUGUAUAGACGGCUGCUAAUGCAGCCACAAUGUGUAGUCUUUGCCAAAUCAGACGUAUCUCUUGCAUUCAGCAUAACAGCAAAGACAAUUAUUACUGCAGCCUCCGCCUAGGUUAUAGGCUAUCUUUAUCCUGAUCAGUGGAUGUAUGGGUUGGAAAUGAUUAUCACUAUGUUUUAAGAGUAAUGAAUUCAACCUUCAGAAUUCAACUCUUUAAAGAGACCUAUUUGUUUUCAAACUAAAGUUUUUACACUACUUAAAAUGAUGGUAUUGUUAAUAGUGUGUGAAUUAAAAUCUGAAUUAAAAAGAUUUCAAGUAUCCUAGCAUUAAUAAGUUUACAUGUACAGAUGUCUAGGCUCUAAUCCCUCAAAUAUUGUUGGGAUGAAUUUUGUAGCAUUUUGAUAGAAGAUGAUGAUACUAUAUUGUGUAAUCACAGUACUCUUUCAUCAAAUGUAAUCGUAUGUUUAUUGUUAUGCAAGUAUUGUUUAUUGUUGUCCACUCCUAGUCAAAUGCUUCCAACCAAUAUUUGGCAACUAUUUUGUUUAGUCAUUAAUCUGUGGAUCAAGUAUUAUUGCUUGAGAGGGGAAGCCCCUAGAAUUCCUUUUCUAGUAUUUGUUUUAGUCUGCUUUCAUGAGUACAAACAGAAGAGAACCUUUGAUAAGGCAUUAUUUACCAUCAUUUUAUCAUAAAUUUUGAUACAAUUCUAGAAUUAUUCGUUAAUGUUUAUUUGCUUCAUCGUGGAAAUUUUAAUUUGACCCCUUCAGCGUGUGCUGCUGGUCAACACAUGUGAAUGUAUAUACUAAUAUAUAAAUCAAUGACGAAGCAAGACUAAUUUUUGUGUAUUUCACUAUUUCAGAUCUUUUUCUUAAUCUCUUUUUUUUCAUACAUGUGUAUAAAAUGAGCUUCCUUGUUACAAAAUUGAUUACAGCAAUGGUGUUAGCAGUCUAAUUUUUACACUAUUGAAACUUAAAAUGCGAAUUAUUGUAAUUUCAUAUGAUAAACCCAAAAAAGGUAUUGAGGAAAGCCAUCUGCUUGCUCAUUACAUAUUCAUGAUGGCAUGCAUAGAAAUAAAAACCUUGAAUAACUUUGUAAUUACUUGUCUAUCAUAAUGAAAUGCUUAUAUUUCCAUUGGAAAAUUUCUUUUUUUAAAUUCAGAUUCAGAUUUGAAUAAUCUUAAAUUGUAUGUUUUUAAACAGUACUAAGUUGACUGAUGUGACUUAAUAAAUCGAUAUGCAGAUUGAUAGCAUUGUGUGUUUUACCAUACUGAAUUUAAGUAAACAUUA